CGGUCGCACGGACGUUCUCGCGACUAACUCGAUCGCGAGCCGUUGCCCUCCGUUGUCCCGAUCCGAAUCCCGAUCGCCCUCCCUCUCGAUCAACGCCACCACCACCACCACCACCACCACUACCACCACCAACGUCCUUGCUAACACGACCCGAGAAGGUGACGGGCCCGCACAGCUGGACGUGGAAGGGAAAAACGGUGAGGGCGAGCCGCGCGUGUCCUUCCCGUGGUGUGUCAUGGGGUGUUUUGGCAGCCAGAGCAAGCAGAGCCAGGACGAAAGCAGGAAUCAGAAGAGACGAUCCGAUGCAAUCACCAGGCAGUUGCAGAAGGACAAGCAGCUCUACCGAGCCACCCACAGACUACUCCUUCUCGGAGCGGGCGAGUCCGGCAAAAGCACGAUCGUCAAACAGAUGAGAAUACUGCACGUCAAUGGUUUCAGCGAAGCAGAAAAGCGACAGAAGAUCGAGGAUAUCAAGAAGAACAUCAGGGACGCGAUUUUGACGAUAACCAGUGCGAUGAGCACGUUAACGCCACCCGUCACGCUGGAAGAUCCGUCGAAUCAGAGCAAAGUGGACUACAUCCUGGAAGUCUCGUCUUCCCCAGACUUCGAUUAUCCGCCGGAAUUUUACGAAAUCGUCGAAACACUCUGGAAAGACCGGGGAGUGCAGCAGAGCUUCGAGAGAAGCAACGAGUAUCAGCUCAUUGACUGCGCCAAAUAUUUUCUAGAUAAGGUAGCGAUCGUAAAACAACCGGACUACACGCCCACGGAACAGGACAUCUUGAGGUGUCGAGUCCUAACGUCUGGCAUUUUUGAGACGCGGUUUCAGGUCGACAAAGUAAACUUUCACAUGUUCGACGUCGGUGGACAGCGCGACGAGAGAAGAAAAUGGAUACAGUGCUUUAACGACGUUACGGCAAUUAUAUUUGUUACGGCGUGUAGUAGUUACAAUAUGGUACUCAGAGAAGAUCCCACAAAGUUGAGACUCCGAGAGAGUCUCGAUCUCUUCAAAAGUAUUUGGAACAAUCGAUGGCUACGCACCAUUUCCGUGAUCCUGUUUUUGAACAAGCAGGAUCUACUGGCGGAGAAAGUCAAAGCGGGCAAGCACAAAUUGGAAGAUUAUUUUCCGGAAUUUGCGCGCUAUCAGACACCGUCGGAACCGGGAGUGGUGAUAGAUCCCACGGAACAACCUGACGUCAUAAGGGCCAAGUACUUUAUCAGAGAUGAAUUUCUUCGCAUAAGUACUGCGAGCGGUGACGGCAAGCACUACUGCUAUCCGCAUUUCACGUGCGCCGUCGACACGGAGAAUAUCAAAAGAGUGUUCAACGAUUGCCGGGACAUCAUCCAGCGGAUGCACCUGCGUCAAUACGAGCUGUUGUGACUUCGUUCCUGUCAACGUCUCUUGUUAUCCAUCAAUUCUGACCGUGUUCGCGCUCGUGUUGCGUCCCGAGUUGCCAUUACCGCGGUAGUCGCGCGAGAAACGUGCGAGCAAGAUGUGAACGGCGUUUGUGAGCAGCGUUCGCAAGCCCGCAAGACUCGUCGCGAGGGCACGUGUGCUGCGAGUCGCAUUCGAGUAUCGCGCGCGCAGGAGGGGCUUCCUUGUCAGUCCAGAGAGCGCAAUCACGGAUGAUGAGAUCGCGCUCUCGAGAUCGAGAGAGCUCGCGUUAAAGCGAGAAGAACACCGAGAGUGUGUGACACACAACCGAGAGUGAUUCUCCGCGAUCGCAAACUCGAUCGACGUUUUUCCCCUUGAUAAAAAAAAAAAAAAAA